AAUGCAGACAAACAUUGAAAUACCAAACAUCAAUGAAGAGAAUACCAUCGUUCUUCAUGAGUCAGAAUGUAAUGGAGAAACGCAAGAUACUAUACCAAAUUAUAGUGUAGCUUUGGCUCUCUUUACCACCUUUUUUUGCUUUUGGCCAAUUGGAGUUGGAGCUCUUGUCAGUUCCCUUAGGACGCGACGAGCCCUACAAAGAGGAAAUCUGUCAUCUGCUAAGGCAAAUGCUAAAAGCGCUAGAAGUCUGACUUUAAUUAGCAUAGGAAUCGGAAUUAUUUUAUGGGUUGUCAUUGGAAUAUUGCUUGGUGUUAUUUUUGGUUUAUCCUUCUAG